GAUAGAAGAAUGGAGAGAAAUGGAAAUGGAAAGGUGGUGUGUGUGACUGGUGGUUCUGGUUACAUAGCUUCAUGGAUUGUCAAGCUUCUCCUUCACCGUGGUUACACCGUUAAAACCACCCUUCGCGACCCAAGUAAUCCGAAGAAGGUUGAACACUUGUUGAAGCUUGAUGGUGCAGAAGAGAGGUUGCACCUCUUUAAGGCAGAUCUCUUGGAAGAAGGUUCAUUUGAUUCUGCUAUUAGGGACUGUCAUGGUGUCUUUCAUGUUGCUUCACCUGUUCUUUUGGAUGUGCAAGAUCCACAGAAAGAACUAAUUGAUCCAGCAGUGAAGGGAACAAUUAAUGUUCUUAAAUCAUGUGCAAAAACACCAUCAGUGAAGCGAGUGGUGUUAACAUCUUCCAUGGCUACAAAUCUAUAUAGUGGAAAGAAUAGAACUACUCCCGAAGAUGUUGUUGAUGAGACACUCUUCUCUCUUCCAGAUAUCUGUAGGGAAUCACAGAUGUGGUACUGUCUUUCAAAAACAUUGGCUGAGGAUGCUGCAUGGAAGUUUGCAAAGAACAACAACAUUGACAUGGUUUGCAUUAACCCAGGAAUGGUGGCUGGCCCUCUCUUACAACCACUCAUUAAUUAUAGCGUUACACCAAUUUUAAACCUAAUUAAUGGUACAAAGACAUUUCCAAAUUUGUGUUAUCCAUGGGUGAACGUGAAAGAUGUUGCAAACUUUCAUAUUUUAGCAUAUGAAGUUGCUUCAGCUACUGGAAGAUAUUGUUUGGCCGAGAGAGUGGUGCAUUUCUCUGAACUUGCCAACAUGUUACGUAAUCUCUACCCGACAUUACAAAUUGCAAAUAAGUGUGAGAACGAUGAGCCAUAUGUGGCAACAUAUCGGGUUUCAGAAAAGGCUAAGAACUUGGGAAUUAGAUUUACUCCUUUGGAGGUGACCCUUAAGGAGACCGUGGAAAGCUUUAGAAAAAAUAAGAUAUUCAACUUCUAAAUUCGUCAUUUCCUCCGUUUGAAGAAUAAAUGUUGAUAAAAUGCCAUUAUGUACUGUAUAUGUGUGUGCUUCAUGUUGAUUUUUUUUUUAAUAAU